CGUACAUGUACAUGUACAUGUACGUACGUACGUACGGUAUGUAGCGUGCGCGUGCGGGAGGGGGGACGGUAUUUACGAAAUAGGAUUACUGAAUUGUUCGCCGAUGAUCUAUCGACCUACCGAAUAAGCUAGUAGACCCUAGUACAUUAAAAUGAAGGAGACACCUUUGUCAAACGUCGAGAGGGACUUCUUAACAGCAGCAAUCAAGUCAGGAAAGAGAAUUGAUGGACGGGAGACAUAUGACUACAGAAAUAUUAAGAUAACAUUUGGCACAGAACGAGGAUGCUGUGAGGUUCAACUUGGCCAGACAAGGGUUCUUGCACAGGUCUCCUGUGAGACAGUAGAGCCCAGGAGUACUCGGCCAACAGAGGGGGAGCUUUACGUGAACUUGGAGCUGUCCCCGAUGGCAUCGCCUGGCUUCGAGCCAGGAAGAUUGUCGGAGUAUGGCGUUGAACUGAACAGGCUAUUGGAGAGAUGUCUGAAAGACUCCAGGGCUGUGGAUAUGGAAUCACUGUGUGUUGUAGCUGGAGAAAAGGUGUGGCAGAUUCGUGUUGAUGUCCAUGUUUUGAACCACGAUGGCAGCAUCUUGGACUGUGGGAGUAUCGCAGCGAUUGCUGCACUGUCCCACUUCAGGAGGCCCGACGUCACUGUCAUCGGGGAAAGUGUCACAAUUCACACCACUGAGGAUAGAGACCCUGUUCCCCUGAGUGUCCACCACAUGCCCGUGUGUAUUUCAUUUGCCUUCUUUGAACAAGGCAAGUACUUACUGGUUGAUCCCACCUUCAAGGAGGAGUCGGUGAUGGAAGGCAACAUGGUGGUGGCCAUGAAUGCUCACAGGGAACUGUGCACUGUCCAGAUGACAGGAGGGAUGCUCCUAUUGAAGGACCAGAUCAUGAGGUGUUCACAGAUUGCUGUUGUUAAGGUGGCUGAGUUAACAGAGCUCAUCAAGAAAGCACUGAGUAAUGAUGCCAAAGCAAGGUCAGAAGGCAAGAAAUGUGGCCAUGCUGAAUCUCUUUCAAGGCAGAGAAUAACGACGUCUGUAGCACAGCCGCAGCCAGUUGACACGACCGAGUCAGUGGAGACUGCUCAAGAUGUCCUCGACAGAGCCCAGGAGCCUGUCCACGACUCAGGCUUGACACCAGCAGUGUUUGAUACUGGCUUCGGAGGUAUUGGAGAAGGGGCCGCCAACACGUGGCUCAUCCCGGAGGCUGAGAAUGAGGUUGAUGAGGACGAGAUGCAGGAUGCUGAGGAAGAGGGUGAGGAGGUUGAUACAAUGGAUGACGGCAUAACAGAGGAUGCUGUAAGGAGAAAAGAAGCCAGCAAAUCACAGCCAAGAGUGGCGGAGGGAUAUCACAGUGAUAGCAGUGAGGAGGCUGAGACAGUCACAUUAAAUGAGGCAGACAUGGUUGGGUUCAAUAAGAGAAUACCUGUGGAACCUUCAGCUGAUCUGGAUCUCUCAGUUGCCCUCAAGACAUCCCAGACAAUUGCUGCCACGACAGCCCCCCCUGCCAAGAAGAAAACCAAACGGAAAGGAAAGAAGAACAAGUAAACAUCGAACGAGUUUUAAAUUUUGUGUCAUAAUUUUUUCCUCUCUAGCCUCCCAUGUCUUUUACCUUCCUAGUCUGGUGGAUUGUGUGUUUUGUCCCAUAAUUGGUGUGGCCUCACAAGAACAGCGUAAAGGGUGAAAAUGGUGCUGUUUAUUGGCCCUGAUUUUUAAGACAACUUUGGAGUGUUGCCCUUGAGCAGACAGGACAAAAUUGUUCCACUCGUUUGGAAUGGUAAAUUUCUCCAAUCAAUAACUGUCAAUCGGUGGUUCAGAUUCAUCAGAUUCCGUGGAUUGUCUCUUAGAAUUUCAGUCACAAUUACAUGUACCUUUCUGGAUCUUCAUGGAAGCUUGAGAAUCUACUCAUCCCCCUCCAUAAAGGUUCUUCCUUCUGUUUUCUUAGUACAUAUUGGCCUUGUGUCAGCCCUAGCAUUUGUGCAAGAAUAUGGGUUAAUGACUAAUAAAGUGACUACCAUCAAAGAAACCGUUACUGCAGUGGGGUUAUGCUUGUACACAAUCUUCAAUUUAGUCUUUAGUUUGUUUCUUCUUCACCGUUUGGGUUAUAAGUGAGCAACUCCACAAAGCAUGGAAUUCGGGUCUUAUGGGAGUUUCUUUGUAUUUCUUAUCAGAAAGAUGGCAGUGAUUUGGCAACUCACAGUAUACUGCAUGCCGUAAGCACCGGCAGCGGAAGGGGGGGUGCAGUAGCCCCCUCACUUUUUCGACUGGGGGUCCUGGCCCCCCACGUUUUGCAUGUACACGUACUGUAAUGGGGUGGGGCUUAAUGGAUCAGCCCAUUAAUGGCUGGUGCCUAAUAGUCCAACAACUGCCCCCCUCCCCACUUUGAAAAUCGUUCCGCCGCUGGUGGGGCCCGUAAGGUAGUUGGGUUGGAGGGGCCACUUUGCAACUUCGCUAUCAACAGGUUGGCCAUGUUGCCUAGUUUAACCAGGAAAAAGUUCUUACAGUAUUUCAAUAUUGCAGUCGGUGAGAAGUCAUGAUCUACAUUUUUCUCCAACUUGUUUACCACCUGAGGUUCAUCAUAUGGGAAACUGCUAACUCUGCUUGUCAGUGUAAACUGACUCAUGAUCUGUCUGAAUGCUUGCACACAGAUGGGGACUGUUUCUCCUGACAUGUCACAGUUGUACCUUUCCUUUAUUGUCGCCUACAUUGGAAUGGUUCCCAAUGGAAGGUACAUUGUUAAUUUGUCCAUUUGUGCCCUUUCUAAGAACCUAAAAUUCAUGAGUUGACUCUAUAUUUUUUAACACAGGUGAAGAAUAAAAGGUGGAUGUAUAAUACAAUUUU